GAGUUAACAGUUUGGUAUCGUGUGCAAAAAAUGCUGCGCAAUAACAUUAGGUCCAGCACCCAUACUUCCCCAUAGUUGAACAUUCACACACCUACUGGAACCGAUAGUCACCCUAUAGAUUAGUACAAUGCCAUUCAAACCUCCAGAGCAGGCCAAGUGUCCGAAGUGUGGAAAGUCCGUAUAUGCUGCCGAGGAAAGAAUUGGAGCAGGACAGAAAUGGCACAAGUUCUGUUUCGUCUGCGGUGUAUGCAGCAAGAUGCUCGACAGCACCACCGUAGCAGCACAUGACGGUUUAGUGUAUUGCAAGAACUGCCACGGCAAGAGCUUCGGACCUAAGGGAUAUGGCUUCGGUGGCGGAGCCGGUGCUCUUAGCACGGAAACCGGCGCUCAGCACGGCGUAAAGAAGGGAGAAAUGAGUAACAAGCCUACCGAGGGUCAUGUUGGAGUCUCCACCGGUCCGGGUCCCCAUUGCCCCAGAUGUGGAAAGACCGUCUACGAAAACGAGAAGGCAAUUGGCCUCAGUAUCGCUUUUCAUAAAAGCUGCUCCAAAUGUAAGUCAUGUAAUAAAAGCAUCGACUACAAUACCAUGUCCGAACACGAAGGGGACAUAUACUGCAAAGGAUGCUAUGCGAAGAAUUUCGGACCCCAUGGAUUUGGUGUUGGUUCAUUGGCCUAAAUAUCACAUCACGUCACAAAAUCCCUUCGGACCUUUCCCCUUCCAUCUGACCGAUCCAAAACACGCGAGGUGUGUAGAUAGAUUAGUACGUGAUAGGUUACCCCCGCCUAGUCCCAGAUAGAUGUGUAGAUAUAGAAACAACACGGAUAAGUCUAUAUUUAUAAAAACCUUGAAUGAGUCAUUUGUUUGUGUCAUUGUCAAUAAAAAAGAGUAAAUAAAUGAAAAUGCAUACAUUACCUGAUACAAUUUGAA